UGAAGAAGCUUAAAUUAUCUGCCAUACAGAAUUGACUUCACAAGUAUGGAGAUAUCUGAUCAGACUAUCAAAGAUGCGAUGACCUCUCCAAAACAUGAAAUGAUUUUCCAAGACAUAACAGUAUCAAUGGGAGAGAAUAUCAUUCUUGACAAUGUAUGUGGCAUGGCACAGUCAGGAAAACCUCUGGCUAUCAUGGGACCAAGUGGUGCUGGUAAAACGACCUUACUAAAUGCCUUAGCUGGAAGAACUCCUAUUACCUCUGGAACGAUAACUCUUGAUCAACAGCAUAUUGGAAAACAGCAUAGGAGAAAAAUUUGCUAUGUUCUUCAACAAGAUAUUUUUUUCCCAAACCUGACCUUAAGAGAGACAUUAAAGUUUGCAGCCAUGAUCAGAAUCUCAGAUAAAGUCAGCUAUGAAGAUAAAAUGAAUCAGUUGGAUGACAUUGUGGAAGCUCUCGGUCUAAAGAAUUGUCUUAACACAAUGAUUGGGGGAGACAUGAUGCCGGGACUGUCUGGUGGGGAGAGAAAGAGGGCAAACAUUGCCUGUGAAAUCUUAACUGAUCCCUCCAUUAUACUGCUAGAUGAACCCCUUACUGGGCUUGAUGCCAGCACUGCAUAUAACUUGGUGAAAAUGCUCCAAACAUACUCUGCUUCACAUGACAAAGUUGUCAUAGCAACAGUGCAUCAACCUUCCUCCAAGCUGUUCUUUUCCUUUGAUAGCCUCCUUCUGAUGUGUGAUGGUCAGAAUGCAUAUUAUGGCAGCACAGAUAAGAUGGUUGACUACUUUGAUAACAUAGGUGUUGAGAUUACAGAAGGAUUCAACCCAGCAGAUAUAAUUUUGGAGAAGAUGAAAGGCUGUACACAUACAAAGACAAAAAUACUGGAGGCUGCCAAAAAUGUCAGAAUACAAGAAGACUGGCCUCUACGUAAUAAAUCUAAUUCCAUUAAAUAUGAUGACCCCGGGUCUCCCACCAUGUUAAAACCUCAAAAUAAAGCUAAGGAACCAUCUUUCUUGGUCAAGUUUUCCAAGAAGAGAAAGGCUAAGUCUGAUGAAGAAGAACCAGGAAGUGUUCAUGCUAGUUUAAUGGAUCUGGAUGAGAUUUCUGCAUCAUCAGCAAACAAUAAAAAAAAAUGGCCAUCAGGAUUUGUGACUCAGUACAUCUACCUCACAAUACGUUCAUUCCAGCUGGCCAAAUCUCGUUUUAUGGAUCCGACCAAAAUAUUGGAACAUGUUGUAAUCUGUUUGAUUUAUGCCCUGAUCUGGUUCCAGCUGCCGAGGACAGAAGAAACUGUGAGGGACAGGAUGGGGGCUAUAUUUUUUAUUGCAAUUCAUUGGGGAUUUUUGCCAUUAUUUGAAGCUGUGUCAACUUUUCCCAUGGAGAGAGUGGUCAUCAACAAAGAAAGGGCAGCAGGCUGGUAUAGGCUGUCUGCUUACUACUGUGCCAAAAUGACCAGUGAGCUUCCAUUGACCCUGUUACAGCCACUGACCUUUAUAGGGGUCAGUUAUUGGGCUAUUGGCUUGAAUGGAAUUGAAGCAUUUUUUGCCACCAUUGGAACAGUUUUCAUAGAUAGUAUUGCAGGACAGAGUAUUGGCCUUUUUCUUGGGAUCAUCAACACUGAAAUGAGACAGGCUAUCACAGUGACCAUACUUAUAGAAAUGAUCAUCAUGUUGCUGGCUGGACUUUUCACAAGAAACUUGCCUUUCUGGUUAGAUUGGAUGAAGUACUUGUCAUUCAUAUUUUAUUCUUACAACUGCCUGAUCUAUCUGGAAUUCAAUAAUGGUCCUCCUUUGGACUGUCUUCAGGGAGGAAAUGGAUCAGCGUACCCUGUCUGCUAUGUUGCCAACUCUACACAGAUUCCCUCCCACCAGGUUUUAGAGCACUACAAGAUAACAUGGGAAUUCUGGCAAUAUCUACUGCCAUUGAUUGGUUUUAUCAUUGUCUUUCAAAGUUUGGGGUAUAUUUGGCUGCGGUUUGUGCAAAAAACACACUAACAUGAGAUUUACUGAUGAAAAUCAGAAAUAUAUUAGGUGCAAUAAUCAAUUUAAAUUUUUGUACUUCGGUUGUUUUAUGAAUGUGGUUAUGCAGAAGAUGGCAUGAUUGAAAAAAAGCCUCAAAGGGAUCAUAGGAUAUUUGUUCUGAGAAAAUUUUCCAGCUUUCUUUAGUGUAAAUAAAAAAAAUUUUCCAACUGUUUUUAGUAAACUUCAGUAUAAAUAAGAAAAAAGUCCAACUGUUUUUAGUAAUAAAAAAAAAUCAACUGAUUUUAGUGAUAAUAAAUU